AUGGUAUCACAGACACGUCUUGUGAUCAACACGGUCGGGCCCUUCUGUAAAUAUGGGACACCCGUUGUGGUGGCCUGUGUAGAGAAUUCGGCUGCUUAUGUAGAUUCCAUGGGUGAGCACAUUUGGACGUAUCAACUGGCAGUGCAGUGGCAUGAAAAGGCCAUGGCUAACAAGGCAAUUAUUAUCCCACAUUGCGCCGUAGAGUCAAGCCCCCCGGAUCUUAUGACGCUCCUACUUGCGCGGAGCCUGCGCCGUCGUCUUGGAUCCACUGUCUUCACAAUUCAAAACACCUGGACAGGUUACAGUGGGGGGGUCAUUUCAAGUAUACUCGCCGGUCUGGAGAAAUACUCGAUUCGGCAGAUGAUGCCUGCCAGUGCACCACGCGCGACCUGUAUCCCAGAUGCCGGACCACAUCAGCCUUACCCUCAUCCAGUCCUCCCCAUCUGA